AUGGCUGUGCACUACCAACAACCUUCUAACUUUGACAAGUUCAAGAUGGGAGCCCUCAUGGGCGGAACCGUCGGUGUUUGCGUGGGAGUUCUUUUCGGAGGCUUUGCCAUCUUCCAACAUGGUGCUGGUCCAAACGGUGUGAUGAGAACGUUGGGCAACUACAUUAUGGGAUCUGCUGCCACAUUCACGUUGUUCAUGUCGAUCGGUUCUGUUAUCCGUUCGGACUCUCAGUACCUCACCUACCAGAGAGCCAUGGUGCAGAGCCAGAAGGAGAGAUUGAGACAGAUCUACGGAAUGGAGUAG